GCGCGGGGUUGUGGCGGGCGGUCUCGGUACCCGGAGCCGGGAGGCGGCCGGGCUAUGCUCGCGGGUCCCCUGCGCCCCGCCCCGGCCCAGCCGAGUCUGCGCCUCCCCGCGAUCUUCUGAGCUCGGCUCCGUGGCGCUGUGGGAGCGGCGGCGGCGUCCCCCGGCGCGCCCCCUUCUCCGAUGGCGGCGGAGAUCCAGCCCGAGCCGCAGAUCCGAAAGCCCGUUCUGCUGCAGCGAGUGGAGGGCUCCCAGGAGGUGGUGAACAUGGCCGUGAUCGUGCCCAAGGAGGAGGGCGUCAUCAGCGUCUCGGAGGACAGGACAGUUCGUGUAUGGUUAAAGAGAGACAGUGGACAAUAUUGGCCAAGCAUAUACCAUGCAAUGCCUUCUCCAUGUUCAUGCAUGUCUUUUAACCCGGAAACAAGAAGACUGUCCAUAGGUCUAGACAAUGGUACAAUCUCAGAAUUUAUUCUAUCAGAAGAUUAUAACAAGAUGACUCCUGUGAAAAAUUAUCAGGCACAUCAGAGCAGAGUGACGAUGAUCCUCUUCGUCCUGGAACUGGAAUGGGUGCUGAGCACAGGCCAAGACAAGCAAUUUGCCUGGCACUGCUCCGAGAGUGGGCAGUGGCUGGGCGGUUACCGUACCAGUGCAGUGGCUUCAGGUCUGCAAUUUGAUGUUGAAACCCGACAUGUGUUUAUCGGUGACCACUCUGGCCAAGUAACCAUCCUAAAGCUAGAGCAAGACAACUGCAACCUGGUCACAACCUUCAGAGGACACACAGGUGGGGUGACUGCUCUCUGCUGGGAUCCGGUUGAGCGAGUCUUGUUCUCUGGCAGCUCAGAUCACUCUAUUAUCAUGUGGGACAUCGGUGGAAGGAAAGGAACGGCCAUCGAACUCCAAGGACACAAUGACAAAGUCCAAGCCCUCUCCUAUGCCCAACAUACUCGGCAGCUCAUCUCAUGUGGUGGUGAUGGUGGCAUUGUCGUCUGGAACAUGGAUGUGAAGAGGCAGGAGACUCCUGAAUGGCUGGACAGUGAUUCCUGUCAAAAGUGUGAUCAGCCUUUUUUCUGGAACUUCAAGCAAAUGUGGGACAGUAAGAAAAUUGGCCUGAGACAGCACCAUUGCCGCAAGUGUGGAAAGGCUGUCUGCGGCAAGUGCAGCUCCAAGCGCUCCUCCAUCCCUCUGAUGGGCUUCGAAUUUGAAGUGCGCGUCUGUGACAGCUGCCACGAGGCCAUCACAGAUGAAGAACGAGCUCCUACCGCUACCUUCCACGACAGCAAGCACAACAUUGUGCACGUGCACUUUGACGCCACGAGAGGGUGGUUGCUGACUUCUGGGACAGACAAGGUUAUUAAGGUAGCAUAA